ACUUUCUUUUGGACCCCACAUCAUGUCCCCUUAGUGCCCCCAUGAUUAAUUUGAUUUAUUUCCAAAUUUUUCUACCACUAUACACACUUCUUUCUUCUCUCUUUCUCACCUAUAACAUUUUCUUAGCACAAUAAAUUCACAAAAAAAAAAAAAAAUUGAAAAAAAAAAAUUCAUCCUAGUUUUGUGUGUAUACAAACUAUGAUGUCCAAUGAGAAAAUUGGAGUAGGGGAAGGAUCAUCAUCAAGUGGUGGUGCUAUUACUAUUGCAUCCACACCACAUCAAGACAAUCAUCAUCGUCAGCCAUCAUCAGCACCAGCACCACAACAAUUGAGUCGAUACGAGUCGCAGAAGCGUCGCGACUGGAACACGUUCGGUCAGUAUUUGAAAAACCAGCGUCCGUCCGUACCGUUACCUCAGUGCAGCUACAACCACGUGUUAGAUUUCCUUCGAUACCUUGAUCAGUUCGGAAAGACUAAAGUUCACUUAAACGGUUGUCUGUUUUUCGGGCAACCCGACCCGCCCGGCCCAUGCACAUGUCCACUAAGACAAGCAUGGGGAAGCCUAGAUGCCUUAAUUGGUAGACUUAGGGCAGCCUAUGAAGAAAAUGGUGGUUUGCAAGAAAAUAACCCUUUUGCAAGUGGUGCAAUUAGGGUUUAUUUAAGAGAAGUGAGAGAUUUACAAGCUAAAGCAAGGGGAAUUCCAUAUAAAAAGAAGAAGAAAAAAAGGCCAAAUUUGCAAAUUAAGGCUAGUAACAACAAUGAUGGUGCUACUUCUGCAAAUUUUCAGCUACAAUCAUAAUCUUGAUUGCUAUGGGAAACAAAAAAUGGGUAAAAUUUUAAGUAUUUUAUUACUAUAAUAAAAGUAUUUAAUUACUUUGUUUUUUUUUUUGUUUUGUUUUGUUUUUUGCCUCUAUGUCAUGUAAAAUAUAGUGCUAUAUAGAUAAAAAUACUUUCGAAUUAAGGUAAUUUAUUUCUAUGAUGCUUGGAUUAUUGGAAUAUUAUUAUUGUAUAGGGAUCAAGAUAUAAAUUUAAUGAGCUCGAUCGAUUGGAGUCUUUGUA